AUGAACAAUAUCAAGGAACCAGAGAGCAUACCGAGGUGUAAUACAAGCAUAAGAAAUUUACAAACAGAAAAAGUAAAUAAUUAUAAUAAUAAAGAUAAUACCUUUAAUAAAAAUGACAAAAAAAAUUAUAACAUGGCACAUAAUGAUCAUGAUGAAAAUUAUUCUAAUAACUCAGAUAAAGAAUUAAUGAAUAAAAAAUAUUCUAAUUUAAAACCUUUAACACAAAAUAUUAAUAAUCAUUCAUCUCAGGAAAAUGAUAAAAAUAAUAUGUAUGAGGAUUUUACAAAUUUGAAUAUUGAACAAGGAAAUCAUAAUAUAUCAAAUAAUAAUAAUAUAAAAUUUGAAAAGCGAGAAGAUAGAGAAAAUAAUAUGAAUAAUUUAAUUAAUAAUUAUAAUAAUAAGGAUAACAAACUAUUAGAAAAUAUUAAAGACAGAUCAUCUGAUAAUAUACUAUCUUCUUCAAAUGAUAAACAAAUUCAAGAAUUUAAUAAUCCUAAUAAUUUUUUAUCUUUUCCUCAAAAAUUAUAUAAUAAAGACGAUGACAUUGACGCUGAAUUUGAUUCUUUUAAAAUUAGCGGUGUCUCGCUUUUGGAUUAUUUAGAUGAUUGUCCAAAUAAUAAAAACAUUUUUAAUGAUUCUAAUAUAGACAAUAAUAAUAACAAUGAUGGCGAUGCAAUUAUUAACUGCCUCAAUACAAAAACUUUAAAUAAUUCAAAAGAUGAAUAUAUAAAUGAUUAUGCAUAUGCAUUUCAAAAUUACAAAUAUGGAAAUAAUAAUGUUUCAUCUUGCGAUAUUGUUAAUAAGGAAAAUGAUCAAAAUUCUCAAAAUGGUAAAAUAGCCAACAAUUCCAUAUUUAAUGAAAUGGAAAAAUAUUUGAGAAACCAUCGAAAUGAAAAUAAUAUAUCUAGCAAAGUGCUUGAAGAAUAUUUAAAUUAUGGUUUUAAUAAUAUUAAAGAACAGAAACAAUCUGAAUUAGAUAAUUAUGUUAAUUCAAAUAAAAAAAUUAAUACUAAUGAAAUAAGCAAUAAUAAUAAUGAAAAGAAUGUAAGAGAUUACAUAGAAGACAAUAAUAAUACCCAUGGAACAGAUGGGUGUGCUAAAUCAAACGAAAGUAUUCAUAAAAUAAGAGCCGAUAUAAAUAAUAAAGAUAAUAGUUAUGUAAAUUUAAGUGAUAAAGAUAAAAUAUUAUCAUUUUUAGAAAAUGAUGAUACUACCAUAUUAAGUAAUAAUAGUAACAGAAAUAAAGAGAUAAACAAUAUGCCAAAGGAUAUAAUAAAAGAAAAUAAAGACAACAAUUUAAAUGAAAUAAAUUGUGCUGAAUUGUCAUUAAAUAAUGCAAUACAUAAUAAUAUAAACAUGAAAGAUUUUCAAAUUAAACAAAAUCUUAUCUAUAAUAAAAAUUUGUUAGAUAAUCCAUAUUUUGAUUUUGAUAAUGAAUGCAAUAAUUAUUUUAAUAAAGAUGAUAUUGAUAAUAUAAGAGAUAAUAUUGAAAAUUUAAAUAUCAAUAGUAAUUUAUAUUAUAAACGAAAUAAUGCAAAAAAUGACGAUGAUAGUAAUAGUGGAACUACUAACGUUAGUGCUAACGGUAGUAAUAAUAUUAAUAAAUGCAAUGCUUCUGUGAAACAAAUUUUAUUAGAUAAAAAAAAUAUAGAUGCAGAUGGUAUUGGCUAUGAAAACUUGGGUGACGAUAUUAUUGAGGACAAUUUUAGUAUUUUUUCGAAUCGUGAUAUUUUAAAUUGCGAUGUUGAUUGCCUUGGAAAUAAUAAUGCCACUAUUUCGAAUGGCGUUAACAAUAAUAGCAGUAGAAACCAAAACACCAUUGCGAACAGCGAUGCUGCUAAUUUUAGUGAUACAUGUGAAGGGAAUUGUAGAAAGGAUUUUCUUCACAAUACUCAAAAAUAUAGCAAUAUAAAUGAAAAGAAUUAUAUAAUGAAUUAUAUAGCAGAUGCGGGAAAUAAAUCAAAUAUAAACCUGAGUGAUAAUAAUAUGAUAAGUGAACAUGAAAAAAAUGAAUUUUUUAUGAAAUAUAUAAAACAAUUUUUGGAUGACAACUAUUUGAAAGACACCCAAAAUAAGAAAAAUAAUAAUAGCCAAAAUUCCAAUAUAAAUAAUCAUAGUGAUUUUGACCAUAUUGAUAAUGCAUUUUUACAAAAUGAUGAAAAUGGAAACAUUAAUUUACUUUUAAAAAAUAAAGAUAUAGCAGCAUUAAAUGGCACAUCUAUAAAUGGCUAUUUAAAUAGAAAUAUUUAUUCAGAAAAAAAAAAUAUGGCUGAUAUUGUAAACUGCAAUUGGGAUGGAAGAAAAAUAAAUGGGGCACAUCAGAGUAGUGGCCACGAUCUCAAAAAUAUGAUUGAAGGUCAUCGAAAUGAAAUGAUUAACAAUACUAAUGAUGCUACGAAUAUGGGAAGUAUUCGAAAUACGAAAGAAUUUAAUGAAGGCAAUAAUAAUAAUUCUAUAAAUUUGUCUGAUUUUGAUGAUAUAAGUUCAUGCAUGAAAAAAAGAGAUCAAUUAGAUUAUCAAAAUAUUCAGGCAGGAAUGAAUGAAAUUAUCACAGAUUCAAAUAUUUACGAUAAUCGAAAAAGCAGCAAAAAUCUAGUUAAUGAAAGGAACACUGGAAAUGGACAUAUUAAUGGUAAUCCUAACUAUAAUAAUGUUAACUUUAAAAAUUACAACAAUAAUAACCGAAAUUGGAUUAAUAAUAAUAUAAGAGAUAGCAAUAUUUCCAACAAAGUAAAUAAUAUUAACUCAUUUUUAUUAAACGAUAAUGGAAGAAAAAGCGAACCAUUUGAUGAGGAAAAAUAUGAAUGCUUAAUGAACAAUGAUGGGUCAGAAAUGUAUGCAUAUGAUAAUGCAGUGAAAGAUAUUAAUAAAUGUGAUGAAAGACGAUAUAAUGAUAAAUAUAAUAAUAAUUCAAUGAAAAAAUAUUCUCUUCCUUUUGCAAAUCCUAUGUUAUUACGAGAUAAUGAAAAUAAAUCUAAUAAUACAAAAAUCGAAUUAGAAAAUGCUGAUAUAUUUAAAAGCCAGCUCGAAAAAUAUAAGGACUAUAUUGCAAUGAAAAAAAGUAUUAUGCAAAAUAAAAAUUUACUCGAAAAUAUAUCAUAUGAAAAUGGAAACAAUAAUAAUAUUUUUUUUGGAGAAAAUAAUAUAAUGCUUAAUAAUUUUCAAAAUAUUAGCCAAAAUAAUACAGAUGCAAAUUUUAACAACUAUAACAAUUAUAAUCGAAUAAAUAAUGGAAAUAUUAUGAUGUCUUCUCUUCAUAAUAAUAAUAUAUCUUUUAAUCAAGAAAAAAUUAUUAAAAUGCUUGGUCCCGACAAAUUAAAUAACAUUGCAAACACUUCUGAUAAUAAUGCUUCUACUGUUUCUAAUGCCGUUGCUAAUAUUAACAAUUAUUUUGGAGAUAUCUCAAAUAAAAAUAAGCAAACAUAUUUGAGAAAUAUCAUGGAUGAUAAAAUGGCACAAUUUCUUAUUAAUAAUAGUAAAAGAGAAAAUAGUACUGAAAAAAAUGAAAUCUCCAAUCGUAUGAAUUCUACAAUAGCUGAUAACAUUUUGAUGCGCAUCUUACCAAACAAUAAUUCAGACAAUAAUAAUUGUACCAAUGGAUGCAAUAGUAGAAUAAUGGAACGUGAUGAUCCAAACAAAAGUAUUGAUAAUAAGGGAGAUCAUAGUACUUGUUCUAACGGAAAUACUAAUGACAUUAGUAACACUCAUAGUGUCAAUAAUGAUCAUAAUUAUAAUCGUAGUGUUAAUAAUACAGUUGAUGAUGAAAAUAUUAAUGACAAUUUAAACACUAAUGAAGGAAAUAUUCAUUAUAAUAUGAGAAAUUGUAAUUAUGUAAACGAAAAUGGUAGUAUUAUCUCUAACAGUCCAAGAUACAGAAAUUAUAAUGGUGACAAUAACAUGAUGAGAUGGUUAAGUAAAGGGAAUGCUAAUUACAUUGGUAGUCGAAAUAAUUUGAAUGGAAAUAAUUAUAAUAUUAAUGACAGAAAUAAAAUCGGAAAUAUAAAAAAAGGACAAACUGUUAAUAAAAUAAAUACUACAUAUUUAAAAGCACCAACUGAUUGUAUUCAUAUGCAUGAUAAUAACAAUUUUGAUAUGAAAAAUUGUAUGUGCAAAGAUGUGGAUAAUAAUAUAUAUAAUGAGGCAAAGCUAAAAAGUAUAUAUAACUACACUAAUAAUAAUAAUAACAAUUACACCUCGUCACUACAUUUUAAUAAUUAUCAAAAUACAAUGGACAUAGACAAAAAUAAAAAUAAGUAUAACAAUUCUAUAAGAAAUAUAAUGGAAGAAACAAAUAUGAUCAAUAGCAAUGAAUGGCUAAUUAAAAAUAAUCCACCUAAUAAUCGAAAUGGAAUCACUGAUUGUAAUUCUAAUAACAAUAUAAAUUUAAUAAAUGGAAGUAGCGAAAAUAUGAAUGCCAUUUCUCACACCAAUAAUAAUAGUGGCAACAAUAAUGCUAUUAUUAAUCCUUUAAAAAUAAUAGACUAUAAUAAUUGUGGUAAAAGUGCAUCUACUAGAUGUAUAUCUGAUGAAUCUAUAAUGGAUUCACAUAAUAUAAAUAAUAUGCAUCUCAAUUUGAAAUCAUAUGGUAAUUUUUCUAAUUAUAUACAUAAUUCAAAAAUAAAUGAUAACAAUAAUAAUAACACUAUGAAAUAUAAAACAAGUAAUUCGGACGAAAAUUGUAUUAAUAAUGGUAUGAUGGAUAUAUAUAAAAAUUAUGAUAAAAUGAAAGUUAAUAUGAAGAGAUCCAGUACCAUAUGUCCGAAUACUGGAAAAAAUAUGGAUAAGCAACAGCCAUCUCCAAGAUAUAAGCCACCAUAUGCUAUUAACAACAAUAAUAAUGCCGGACGAGAUAAUAUGAUUAGAAAAGAAAGUAAAGGAAUGAUAAUGCAGGAUGAUAAAGAUAAGUUUUCUAAAGGAGGAAACAAUAGAUAUUUUGGAGAUAAAACAAAUAAUAUCAACAACAAAAAUAACAACAAUAACAAUACCAAUAAUAGUAAUAAUAAUAUUAAAAGUAAUUAUAUAUCUAAAGAUUCAAUGUUAUCAGACAAUUUCCUUGUAAUUAAAAAAUACACUGCAAAAUAUGAAGUACAAAUUGACCCAUUUAAUGGGUUUGAUAUAGCCAAAAGAAUAAUAGGAUUAAAGGGAACGAAUAUGAAAAAAAUAUGUGUAGGCACUGAUUGUAAAUUAAGAUUAAGAGGUCGAGGUUCUGGAUAUUUAGAAGGGGAAGAAAAAAAAGAGGCAAAUGAAUCACUACAUUUAUGUGUUUCUUGCCAAAAAUAUGAUCAUUAUAUAUUAGCAAAAAAAUUAAUAGAACAAUUACUAGAAAAAAUAUAUAUGGAUUAUGACACAUGGCUUUAUAACCAUGGAAAAUCACAUGCAAAUUUAAAGCCAAAGAUUUAUGAAAAGUUUAUCCCGCUUUUUAAAUUUCAGCAAAAUGUAAACCAACGAUAA